AUGGCCACCAAAAACAUCCUGUUUCUGUUUGGUGCUGCUGGAGCAGGCAAGACGACAUUUGCGACCAAUUUCAAGGAGAAGCAGAGCAGAAUGGCAGUCACCCUGGUGAAUCUGGAUCCAGUUGUGCGAGACAGGGGCCAGUUUGACUUCGACAUCUGCGACUACGUGAGCGUGGAGGACGUGAUGGAUGAAUUCGACUAUGGGCCAAAUGGUGGGCUAUUUGAGUCACUGCGGUACCUGGAGGAGAUCUUCUUCCCUGACGAGACUGUCGAUGACGAAUCGGUCCCAUUUCUCCAGCCUGAUUCCAUCACGAUAUUCGAUUGCCCUGGUCAAAUAGAGCUCUUUCUUCACUCGUCAAUCAUCCCCAAUUUCAUCAAGAGAUUCUCAAGCAGGGAGGACUGCUCCAUUGCAAUCUGCUACCUGACGGAUGGAACCACCAUUUCAAGCCUGAACAAAUUCAGGUUCAACCUGCUCAUUGCCCUGGUGAGCACAAACAGGUUCGUGUUUCCGAUGCUAAAUCUGAUCACGAAGACUGAUCUGAUGGACAGGAGUCAGAGAAGCGUGGUCUGGGACGAGACAGGGAGCUGUGUUUCGGUUGAGCUGGAUUCAGAGGGAAGCCAGUUUGACAGGCGACUGAAUGAGUUUGUUGAGCUCUACGGAAUGAGCACGUUUGUGCCAGUCGACUGGGAAGACGACAGCUGCGUCGAAAUGGUCUUCGAGAACGUGGGACGAGUCCUAGGCCUCGAUUAG